CCACUCAAGAGAUACUGACAACAUGGACAUCAACACAGUGAACGCUCUCACAUAUGAGGAAUUUCUGGAAAUAUUUGGCAACGUGGUGGAGAAAUGUCCCAUCAUACCAGCUGCAAUAUGGGCACACCGACCUUUUAAGAGCUUUUCAGAUAUUGAGGCACAAAUAUCAGAGUUUAUAGACAGUCUGCCCGAAUCAGGUAAAGAGGGGAUACUCAGGUGUCAUCCUGAUCUCUCUCUGCCUGCUGUUAAUCUGACUCGUGACUCUGUGGAUGAGCAGCGCGCGGCCGGUCUGGUCUCCAUGAGUUCCGGCGAGCGCGCGCUGCUGCUGGAUCUCUGCGCGCGGUACCGUCAGCGCUUCGGCUUCCCGUUUGUCAUAUGCGCGCGCGCCAACAGCACGGAGACGAUUGGGCGCGCGCUGCGAGAUAGAGUGAACGGGGAGCGCGCGCAGGAGCGCGACAGAGGGAUAGAGGAGGUGAAGAAGAUCUGCUCACUGCGCAUGCGCCAAAUACUGCAGCCUACCGCUGAGCACAGCACUAAUAAACUGUGAGACCUGAACACCGGCUACCGCUGCUGAACAACCAGCACCCGGGUUAAACUGGCCUCACUGGUUUAGGUGAACAGUAUGGCCAAGUUUGUUGACCAGCAUGACCAGUAUGACCAAGUUAGUUGACCAGCAUGAUCAGUAUCCCAAGCUAGAUGACCAGCAUGACCAGUAAGAUCGAGCAAAUUGACCAGUUUGACCAAGCUAGUUGAUCAAGCCAUGACCAAUGCUGGUCAAGAGCUGGUUAACCAAUUUGCCAGUUUGGAUGACCAGCUUUUUAACCACCUUGACAUUCAAAGACCAACUCAGACCACCCAAAACCAGAAACCAGCAAAAACUGGUCUUCAGAUGGUGCUGUUGCUGUUGAUUCAAAUAUUACUGCAGUAAUUAUAAAAAUACACUAUAUGUACUAAAGUCUGUGGACAUCAUUCAAUCUAAUGUUUUCUCCAAAAUCAAGGGUAUUAAAAGGAGGGUUAUUUGUUGGCUACUCCUCUGAAAGGGCCUUUUACUAGAUUGUGGAACAUUGUUAUGAGAAUUUGAUUAUUUUCAGCUAUGCAAUCAUUGGUGAGAUAUGGUAAUAAUGUUGGAACUGUGUCCCACAGAAGCUAAAAAACACUGCACUGAACUGUGGGAUAUGCCUGUGGGGCCUUCUGCAUUGAAUAAGACUGUGAUUUCUCCCAAGGUUCUUGUUUGUUUGAUAAUGCCUUCUAUAGUAUAUUCAUCAAACACUAGUUUGAUGUUUAGACUGUUGUACUGUGGAAGAAAACACAAGUCUUCAGAUGAAAUGUAUACAAGGAGAACAUGGAAACUUCACUCAGAUAGACCCCACAGAGGUGAAUGAGCAUACCACCAAGCCACCGUGCCAUCCAAUAAAUCAAACUAGUUGCAAUUAAUGAAAGCAUGGCCUUGUCCUACUCCACCAUCUCCACUAAAAAAUAAAAAUAAUACUAAAACCG